UCCCAUUUUGGGUUGGGAUUCUGGGGAACUGGAUUCAGUCCUGAUCUGCUACCUUCUAUUCCACCAUCCCAGUAACUGAGACCCCCUCAUCAGAGCCUAUAGGAAGCAAGAACACCCCUUCCGUAGAGCACCCAAAGUGUCCUGGGAGAAGACCAUGACUGGCAUGCAUGUGUGAAGCUGAUAAGUGACCUACUAUCAAUUCAGCUCAGGGUUCAAGCAUCUGGUGCUAAUUUACCAUACUUGGCAAGAUGAGGGAAAGUGGUGUCCUGUUGGUGGUAGCUGUGUUCUGCCUCAUGCUCUCAGCGAUUCACCAGGUAGAUGCACAAGUUGAUGUUGAGGUCAACAAAAGAGACAUAGUAUUUCUGGUUGAUGGGUCCUCUGAUCUGGGAAGCGCCAGUUUUAAUGCUAUCCGUGAUUUCAUCACAAAAGUAGUCAACAAGCUGGAGAUCGGUCCUGAUUUAAUCCAAGUAGCUCUGGCACAGUAUGGUCAAGAUGUGAAGUCUGAAUUCUACCUGAAUACUUACACCACCAGAAAAUAUGUAGUUGCACAGGUGAAGAAAAUGAAGUUUUUGAACAGCACAUCCCUGAACACAGGUGCAGCCUUAAAAUAUGUGCAGAAAAAUUUCUUCACAGGCUCUACAGGUAGCCGUGUUUUAGAAGGUAUCCCCCAGUUGCUUGUCCUUAUUACUGGUGCGAUUUCAAAAGAUGAUAUUCACCAAGUCUCACAGGAACUAAAACAAGGUGGAAUUCUGACCUUCACAUUAGGAGCCAAGAGAACUGUACCAUCAGAGCUCCAAGAAAUUGCCUUUGAUCCAUCUUUAGCUUUCCAAGUUGAUGAAUUCAAGCCACAACCGCUGCAAGGUGUUCUUCCCCGGUUUCUGACUCCUCUGAAAACUCUCACAGGAACUGUUGUAGAGGCUCCUGUUCCAGCUAAUCCAAGAGAUAUCGUCUUCCUAUUGGAUGGGUCAGUCAACGUUGGAAGUGCCAAUUUUCCACUUGUGAGGGAUUUUCUCAUCAAUGUAAUUAACAAUCUUGGUGUGAACAGUGAAAGCACUCGAGUUGGCUUAGCCCAGUUUAGUGACACCCCCAGAACUGAAUUCAACCUAAAUUCCUUUACUACCAAACCUGAACUUCUAAACCGUAUGGCACAAUUAAGGCUCCAGGGGGGCAAUGCCCUUAACAUUGGCUCAGCCAUCCAACAUGUACUUCAAAAUCAUUUUACAAGUAGUGCGGGCAGCAGAAUCAAAGAGAAUAUUCCACAGCUGUUGGUGGUUCUAGCGGCUGGAAAGUCCACAGACAACAUUCAGUCAGCUGCAAUCCAGCUCAUCAAUUCUGGGGUUCUGACAUUUUGUAUUGGGGUUGGGGGUGCUGACAAGGAAGAGUUGCAGAGAAUUGCAUUCAAUCGACAACUUGUUUUUGAGAUGGAUGAUUUCAGCUCCUUGUUUCAAUUAAGUCAAGAAAUUCUAACACCUUUAACCACCUAUCAUAGAGGGCCAGUUACAGAAGUGACUGCUACUACAGCUCCUGAGGGCAAGAAGGACAUCGAAAUCAUGUUUGACACUACUUAUAUUGCUGACAGAUUCUCCCUUGUGUGUGACUUCCUCAUUGGACUUAUUGAAGGUUUAAAGGGGUUGUUCACCUUCGUAUAACAUUCAAAAAUGUAACAGUUCAUGCAAUAAUAACAAGCUUUGCUAUAUAAAUGUUUAACAUAAAUGUGCAGUUGAUGAGAUAUUCACCUCAGAUGGAUCCCUUUGCAGAUGGGGCCCUUUCAUUAUGGGCCCCCUGUUGGGGGGUUGCUGACCCCCAACAACGCUACAGUGACUUUUGGUUAAUGUCUAGCUCUUAGUCUGUGUUGGGAGGACAGCGUGUCAUUUUCACA